CCUAGUGUGUUUUUGACAUCGGUAAACGCAGUCGUGAACUUCGGAGCGCAUAGAUACUUUUAUUUAUAGUUUAAAUCGAAUAAAUUCGCUUUGCGUUUGUGAAUACCUGUGCUCAAUCGGGAUACAAUAAAUAUGAGUAUUGCUGCUCUAAUUCAAGCUGCUGAAUACAUCGAAAGGCGCGAUAGAGUGUACUUUGUUGCAGAAGCUGAGCACGGAUACGCGUCGAGUUUACCGGCGUACGAAGAGUCCCGGUCAGGCGGCAGGCGGCCGAAGACCAAGAAAUCGCAGGGCAGCAGGACGACUCAUAACGAGUUGGAAAAAAACAGGAGAGCACAUUUAAGAAGUUGCUUGGAAAAAUUAAAGGACAUGGUACCCCUAGGCCCCGAAGCGUCACGACACACAACAUUAGGAUUAUUAACGAAAGCCAAAAGAUUUAUAAAGAGUUUGGAAGAACGAGAGAAGAGGCACGUCAGUCACAAGGAGCAGUUAGCUCGGGAACAGCGUUACCUACAGCGGCGGUUAAACCAGCUAAGCGACGCGCCGAGAGACUCAAGACUAUCGGAGAGUUCAAUGACCCACACGCACACAACGAGAGCUGACUCGCUUUCGUCGCUAGAGUCUUCGUCGUCGGGUGUUUCGACGGCGGAACGGUCGCCUUCGUCAGUCUCUGAAAGUGAUGAGGUUGACGUGAUCGGCUACACGUCGAACCAGAGCGACAGCGAGUCCCUGGUGUCAGGCCACAGCGGGGACAGCGGGGUGGGCGGAGGGGCGCGGCGACGACCCCGCACCCCGCUCAAGACGCGGCCCGGCAACGUGCCGCGGACACGGCGUGCCGCACGACUCACGAAGGUCGUCUAGGUGGGCGGUGCGCGGCGCGGGGCGAGCUGGGGCCCACAUCGGCUCCCGGCUGACGUUGUAACUUCAUGACGCAAACGUAGGACAUUUUGUUGAUACAUGUACUAAGGCGAAUGUUGUUUAUUGUGACUGAAUCGAGGCCGGCGACGCGACGUCCACGCGACAGUGACUCGACGGCGACACCCACGCCCGCGCCGCACACACCCACGCCACACACACACCACUCGUACACGUGAACACACUACACACCUCUGCGAACCAUCACUAAGUACAAAAUUGCCAAAAAUUUAUAUUCAAAGUUUAUUUUUCACAUUUCAGACAAAUUUGUAUUUUUUUUCUUAUUUCUUUCUAUUUAAUUGUACCGAGCCUGGCUCGUUUGGAUGAGUUGCAAUAUUGUGUAGUCUAGUGGCGCGAUGUGUAUUCCAUUACCGAUCUUACAUCGACGGCACAUUAUUCCACUGUGUUGAAAACACGCAAUGUGUGCAAAUCUUUAUCUACCUACAUAAUGUCACUAUAAUUUUAAUAUUUUUUAUCACACUAUAAUUUUACUAUGUAUGCCUCGGGGGGCGAUCUUCGCAUUUCUUAACAACUUGUGCAAACUUAUUCAGCCCCCAGAACGCCCUCAUUUUCAAAUGACAUGUUAUUUUUGUAUUUAUUAUUAAAUUUUUCUAUUGGACAUUUUCGAAUAUAAAUUUUGACGGUCUUAGAAGAAUCGUUUUCUAAAAGAACUCUCUAGGUACUUAUUGUUAUUGAUUUCCACAAAAAAAACAAGUUGCUAUUAUAGUGUAUGUUGUAUAGAUAUAUCAAUUUUAUAUUUUGUAUAUAAUUAUUUUUCUUGUAAAAAUUAAUCAAAUAGAAUUAGAUCUGUGAAUGUUGCGCCGAUUUGGAGUAAAGUUUUUUAUGAUUGGGUCUAACACAUACAAAGGGAACCCACCACCAAAAAUAUAUUGUUUUUUAAUUAUUAAAUGAAUUUUAACGAUGAUUUCCAUUUUAACUCAGGUACUAACAAAUUGGCUAUGAGAAUUAGUUUAUAAUUGAUCGACAUGAGCGUGACCUGGCUGUGGCAAUAUCAAAUGUCAUAUCAUUUCUUUUGUUGAAUUAAAAUUUUAUGUUGGCAACAUAUGUUCGCGAACCGAAGUAUACAAAUUUUCUUUAUGGAUGACAUGCUCUGAAAGCCCAGGUGGUCGAGAUCGUCGUUUAAAUCACGCAGAUCGCCGCAUAUUACGCCAUAUUUCUCGUCUCACGUCAGACGCACGAGCGAUCCGCGUGGUGAUCCGCUCGACCGCGCGGGCACGCGUACGUGUUGAUCACCCCUUACGUUCACUCAUGUACUUCUUAUAUUUUAAUAAAAUACGCGGUAGUUGUAGACAAUACGAUAUUA